AUGAAGCUUCAACGUGCUCUAGAGGAAGAUCGCACACGCCUCGACCGGGUCCGGUCCGACCCAGGUGCCCUUGGAGAUCCUUUCGAGUUGGAACGCACUCGGCGAUCUGCUGCCCCAUCGCCAGAAGCAUUUCUGGGCGAUGAUCGAGGGGAGAUUCAGGAAAAGCUGCUCGGAAACGAAGCGCGGUACAAAGGUCAAAACGAACAGAAGAAGGCUCCUCAUAAUUGCCUCACGGCUUGA